UCCACCGAGAGUCAGUGGCCAUAAUACGAACGAACUGCCGCCCCAUGGCUUCCUCCUCUUCUUCCUCCCGUACCCUUUCGCCCUCCUCCCCCUGACCCGCCCCAACCCGCCCCGACCCGGCUGCCGCCCCGCCCCGUUCGGUCCGGCCGCCGUCCACUGCCCUCUCGCCGUCGCCGCCGUUCCCUGCUCAUCCUCGGCCGCGCCCCUCCAAAUCGCCGUCCCUCCUCGCUGCGUCAGCCGGCGCGCCCGGAUUUCCCGGGCACGGGUUCCGAGUGAACAGUCGGUACAGGGUAGAACUGCUUAAUAAUACACAUCAGUCUGAUUUUCAGGUUUUAAGCCUGGAAGAUUACCAAGACCCAAGGGUAUUGCCUGAGCAGAGAAAUUUACACCUCAUUUCCAUUUUUAUGAUGAUAAUUUAUUCCUCUGCAAACUAUUCCAAAAUGCUACGAGAUUAAAACAUGAAGAGUUAAUGAAAAAGCAUUGUUGAUCCAUAAGCAAGGGAAUUGUGGUUGGCAUCAUGCCACAUAGAAAUAUGUGUUGGACACAUCAGGGUGAUAAUCUUGAAUCAGAGGAAGGACAAGCUCAGCCUGAAAAUUACAGUAAUGGUGGCACUGGGAGUAAUUUAUCCAAUCAGGGCGUGCAAGUUGCUCUUGGAGUUCCAGGAAAUACUACUAGUGAUGGAGUCCGUGACUCACGGGGUUACUAUGAGAGCAUUAAUAAUCAGCGCCAGCAUGCUCAGAAUUUAUACCCAUAUGGAGGCGUUGAUCCGAGUUUUGUCUACCCAUCGACUAUGUACAAUCCCGGUAUGCCAACACCAUCUGUGAACAGAUAUGUUCCUCAUGCAAGUUUUGGACAGGGCAAUCCACCACCCUCACCUUCAUAUCAUCAAGUUGCCACAGGAACUAGGGAUGAGAGUGGCAGCAGUAGCAGUUUUGGUGAUGCUGCCAGAGAAUCCAUGAAAAUGAGGAAUGCUGUAACCGAGAGUGGCCAUCAUUUUGAUCAUGGAUUUGCAAGCUCGAGUUCAUCUGCUCAUGUGCCUCAGAAUCCUGCACAAGGGACAUGGGGUGCUUCAUUUGAAUCACAUGGUGCACCAAAUGGCUCUUCUGCUGAUGGACCGAACAGGGCAACACCAAUGGCUACUCACCCAGCAUUGGCGCGUCAUGGUAACUAUGUAUUUCCAGCUGGUCACAUGGUCCAGGGCAAUGCAUGGACUACACACCCUGCAAAUAUUAUUGCUGACGGAGUCCCACACUGGGCAUACAACAAUGCACUCCACAAUCCUUCAGGUCAGUUUGCUCAUCCAGGAACAAUGGGCAUGCCAAAUGGUAGUCUUCAAGACUAUCAAGCUGGCCCUUCUGCUACUUUUCAUGGGCCUUUACCUCAUUUCAACCAGAUUCCUGUGCAUAGCACGCAAACUCCUGCUAUGCUUAAUCAUAUUCAGAUGCAAGGGCCUCAGCGUCAGAGCAAUGUAGUGCAAGGUGCUAACCCUUCUGGAAUGGUGCAAGGUGCAAACCCUUCUGGAAUGGUGCAAGGUGCAAACCCUUCUGGAAUGGUGCAAGGUCCAAAUCCUGCUGGAAUGGUGCAAGGUGCAAAUCGUUCUCGAAGGGCGUUCACCUGGGAUCCAUGUCUGCCUUUCUCCAGUUCUGGACAUACUAACGGACCUCCAGUUCAUGCAUUUUUUACAGAUCAAGUUUACAAUGGGAGUCUAAGACUUCUUCAGCAAGCUGCUAUGGCGACUAUGUCAACAUUUUAUGAUGCAAUACAUCUUAUUGACGAACAAUGGGAUAUGGGGCUAGAUAUAGACAGCAUGACCUAUGAGGACCUUCUAGCAUUGCAAGAACAGAUUGGAGAUGUCAAUACCGGUUUGCCAGAAAGGUACAUCCAUCAAAAUCUGAGGGUACAUCAGUAUGUUGUUCCCAGGGCAGCUCGCGGGUCCGAUCAGUCUGUGGAGAAGGAUGCUUGCAUCAUAUGCCAGGAGGAGUUUGAGGCGAGAGACCUUGUAGGAACCCUCGACUGCGGUCACAAGUACCAUGAGGCGUGCAUCAAGCAGUGGCUGAUGGUGAAGAACUUGUGCCCCAUCUGCAAGGCAACAGCUUUGCCAGCAGAGUGAAGCAGCGGGUGACCGGCGCCAAUAAACCAUUUGCCGCAGCAGUGACUGAGAUUCAGCUCAGUUUCUUGUACAUAAGAGAUGUUGGAUGAUUGUGUUAUUUACCUGUAAUUUCCUGUUCGGUUUGUUGUGGACAUAGCCUGCCCCAAAACUGUAUAGCCAGAGAAUGGUUUCAUUUCCUAGACUGCUCUUAGACCCCCCCAUGGUGCCUGAACUUCUCUCAUCAUGGUUUUCCUAUUGCCCGUUUUAUCUAUUUGUACAUUGUAAUUAGACCUAUAUAUUUCCCUUUGCCAAAAAUCAGAAUUGAGAACUCAAAUGGUUC